CCGCAGUCAUCAAAUUAGCAUCAGCACCAGCUUCAUUAGCUGUGAGUAUAAAAAAAGUUAGGAAGUAAAUCAACAGGCUGGCACGCAUGCGCACUAACCACUGAAAAACUGCCAUAUGAACUUCAGUCGGCUCGCUUCAAUCAAAUUGGGUAGUACCUCUAAACCUGCUCAAUAUUGUACUUUGAGUUACGAAAGUUUGUUUAAGUUGUUAUGAAGACAUGGACUAUUCUACGCAUAUUGUGUUUCUCGUAUUAUGUGCCCAAUGCGUAGCAGUAAAUAUUCAAAGGAUAGAAGUUCCACCGCUCGUGGAAGUAGGCACCGAGGCAGUUAUUCUUGACUGCCAGUACAAGACUAACAACGCUUCGCCACCAGGCCUCGUCAUGAAGUGGUUCUUCAACGGGUCUUCUGGUCUGGUCUAUCAGUGGAUACCACCCCUGCGACCACAAGUUAUAGGUUUACUUAAAGGCAAAGUGGAUUUGGAUUUUAGAAUUUCUGAGGAGCCUUUACAAGCUUACCGUGCUAUUAAGAUAUUGAAACCAAGUACGGAUCUUAGCGGGAACUACACUUGCGUAGUAUCCUCUUUCUUAGAAGAGGAUCAACAAACGCGGCCUAUGCUCGUAUACAGUCCAGGUAAAAACUUUCAUUUUGUUCAAGAGAAAAAGUAUGUAUUUCUGGUUACACUCAUCUGUGGUGCAGAAGAUUUAUACCCAAGACCAGAAAUAAGCAUAUUGGCGCAGGGAAAACCCUUGAAGCAAGCCGUGACUGAAUUGAAAAUGAAUUCAUGGGGCUUAUAUGCAGUGACAAUGAAGGCUGUUGUACACGACGAUGACGUCAGAACCCCUUAUGAAAAAUUCACAUGCACUCUGAGCCUACUACCAGCGAACUACACGACGAAUCGAACUACUGUCUACUAUCCUGGGCUGAUGCCGACUGCCUACAUUGCUGCCUACGAAGUGGAGAAGCCACAAGAACGACAUUCCAAUGGAAACCAGUCUCCGAAAAGAAACCACCUCAUAGUCGAGCUUCUCUCCGCGCUCAUAUCAACGAAAUUAAUUGUUAGAUAAAUAAAUGUAUUUGUACCCUAAUUAGGUAAUAUUUUUAUAAUUGUUUUUGUCUCACAUUAAAAGACUGUGUGCAGUUUUGUAGCUUUUUUAUAAAUGAAAUUUGCAAUUUAAUUAUUCAGAACUCACAAAACUAGAAAUAGAAAUAUAUGUAACGUUUAAGUUGGAUAGUUUGUUUAAUUUAUUUGUAUACAAUAGGUAAUACAACAC